GCUGGUAGACUGACGUGACAUCGGUUCGUUUCGUGCAUUUAAAGUUUUUUUUAUAAAUAAAUGAUAAAUGCAAUAAUAUUCUCUUGGUAAUUACCAAGAAUAUAUUUCACUGAAAAUGGCCAGCUGUGGUGAAUACAUCAAAAGUCAAUUCCCGUUAAUAGAUGAGGAAUUGAAGAAAUAUGUCGAAGAUAUCCUGGACAAUAGUGCCGGAGAGUUUGAAGAUACAGAGGAGGUGUAUGAAGCCGUCGGAGAAGUUCUACAAGGGAUUUCGGAAAAAUCUGAAGAUGAUAUUAGGGAAAUAUGUGAAAAACUCCUUCACAUGAUGCAACCGGACAAGACCAACACAAGCAACGGACCGCGGAAAGUGUUGGACGCGCCCAUACACCUUGCCUCUAUGACGUCACAACAAGAGCCCACUGAGGACCUUAAGAGUAUAUGGCUUCAAACUAGGGAUGAUAAUUUGAAAGUAGAUGCUAAAAAGUUAGAGAAAGCCGAGGCCAAGUUACAGCAAAAAAAGGAUAAGCAGAAAGAGGGUAAAGCGCCGGUGGCCGCCCCUGUGCUGCAGACCGCCACAGCCUCGCAGGUCACAUCCAAGAAGGACAGCAAACUUGAAGCCAAGGGCAAUAACCGGACACAGGAUAUUAGGAUAGAGAACUUUGAUAUUGCUUAUGGUGACAGAGUGUUAUUACAAGGCGCAGAUCUCAUACUGGCAUUCGGCCGGCGCUACGGCCUGGUCGGGCGGAACGGUCUCGGCAAGACCACAGUGCUCCGAAUGAUCUCAGCCAAGCAGCUAAAGAUACCGUCACAUAUCUCCAUAUUGCAUGUGGAGCAGGAGGUGGUUGGGGAUGACACGGUGGCGUUGCAGAGCGUGCUGGAGUGUGAUACUGUGAGGGACAGGCUGCUGCGGAGAGAGAGGGAGAUCACAGCGGCGAUUAAUAACGGAUCAACAGACCCAGCGCUAUCAGCAGAGUUGACAGAAAUCUACGCACAACUAGAGGCGAUCGAAGCGGACAAGGCGCCCGCUCGGGCGUCUAUCAUCCUUAGCGGUCUGGGCUUCACGCCGGAGAUGCAAGCUCGUGCUACGAAAACUUUCUCUGGAGGAUGGAGGAUGAGGCUCGCCUUAGCCAGGGCGCUCUUUUCCAAACCCGACCUACUACUGCUCGACGAGCCCACCAACAUGUUGGACAUUAAAGCCAUCAUCUGGCUUGAAAACUACCUUCAAAACUGGCCCACGACGCUACUAGUGGUCUCCCAUGACAGAAACUUCCUGGACACGGUGCCUACAGACAUCUUACACUUGCACACGCAGAGGAUAGACUCUUACAGAGGAAACUACGAGCAGUUCCACAAAACGAAGACAGAGAAGCACAAGAACCAGCAACGUGAAUGGGAGGCGCAACAGCAACACCGCGCUCACACACAGGAGUUCAUUGACCGCUUUCGCUACAACGCCAACCGCGCCUCCUCCGUGCAGAGCAAGAUCAAGAUGUUGGACAAACUACCAGAGCUGAAGCCAGUAGAGAAGGAUGUCGAAGUGGUGCUCCGGUUUCCAGAGACGGAGCCUCUCUCUCCGCCCAUACUGCAGUUGAACGAAGUCGGCUUCUACUACUCGAAGGACAAGGUCAUCUUCACCAACGUUAACCUUGGCGCUACGUUGGAGUCUAGGAUAUGUAUUGUGGGUGACAACGGCGCCGGCAAGACGACGCUGCUGAAGAUAAUAAUGGGCAUCCUGUCCCCCGCGAGCGGCGCGCGCAGCGUGCACCGCGGCCUCAAGUUCGGCUACUUCUCGCAGCACCACGUCGACCAGCUCGAGAUGAACGUCAACUCGGUCGAGCUGCUGCAGAAGAGUUACCCGGGCAAAACGAUAGAAGAAUACAGACGGCAACUAGGCAGUUUCGGCGUCAGCGGCGACCUCGCGUUACAAACCAUAGGCAGUCUCUCCGGAGGACAGAAGUCUCGAGUGGCCUUCGCCAUCAUGUGCAUGGGCAACCCCAACUUCCUCGUACUCGACGAACCAACGAAUCACUUGGAUAUUGAGACUAUUGAGGCGCUGGGCAAGGGCAUCAACAAGUAUACGGGCGGCGUGAUCCUAGUAUCCCACGACGAGCGGCUAAUACGAGUGGUGUGCAAGGAGCUGUGGAUCUGCGGCAACGGCUCCGUGGCCAGCAUAGAGGGCGGCUUCGACGAGUACCGCAAGAUCGUCGAGAGGGAGCUCGCCGAACAAAACAAAUAGCAGAAUGACCCGACCACUUGCGUGGUGCACGCCACUUCAGCAGUUGACACCGACUGGUCGCACACUAAGGGCCAGUUGCACCAACCACUGUUAACAGACUGAUCAACGUCACGCAGCAGAGAUCUAUGAAACUUCCUAUACAAUAAAAUUUUGCGAACGCUUUAACGGUGACAGACGGUUUGGUGCAACCGACCCUAAGUCUGAAAGUGCUGAGACUUGAGCAUUCACCUGUAAUGAGCAUUCUCGCGAACAGAAGAAUGUACUAGCGGCGAACAAUUCGCCGAAUCUGCUUAAAAACUGCGAACAUUGGAUGUGCUCGAGUGAAUUGCUCAAGUAUGUCAGUACCUUGAGGAUAGCGGGUCGGUGUGCGCCGUACUUGCGUGGAAAGCGUGGGGUUACGCUACAUACACUGUGUGCCCUUAGCCGUAUUUCGCGAAGUGAAUAUUUAUAUUUUUACUUUAGGGCCAAACUCUAAAUAGCGAAAAAAAAUGGUUGUGUCAUACAUUUUGGCAGACCAUAUGUGGAUGUUCUCUAUGAUAUGACAUUCUGUGCAUAUUUAUUUUUUAUAUACUUUCUAUGACAAAUAAGUAUACGGAGUAUGGGAGACCCGAAGCUCUUUUCACGAUUUCUGGGUUAGUGGCAUAAUAAAAAAUGCUCAUUGUGACCUAUAUAUUCAUGUCGCAAAAUAUGGCUAAGGGAGCGUUCAAAUAUUACGUAACGCAAUUCUUUUAAUUAAAUAAAAUACAUACAUAUAUAAUUACGCCUAUUUCCUGGAGGGGUAGGCAGAGACCACGGAUUUCCACUUGCUACGAUCCUGACAUACCUCUUUCGCAUAACAUUCCUUAUACACGCUCGCUCGUUUCUUCAAUUUUAUGAUUAUACUUUGCUGAACAUAAUUGCGACAUUUAGGUUAAAAUGGUCACUUUUAGGUAGGGGUAGGGGGGGUACACGAAAACGUUGCGGCGCGUUACACGGGGGUUGAAAAAUCUUCGAAAAUUGCGUUACGUGAUGUUUGAACGCCCCCUAAGGGUGGUAUUCCAUCUGUCCAAUUUCUUGGUCCAAUGUGUAUUUGCGUCUCACAUUUUGCUUAGUGAGAAAGUGAGACGCAAUUCACAUUGGACCAAGAAGUUGCAUAGCUGGAAUACCACCCUAAGGGUUAAAAACAUGUAUGUGCAAGUAGCGGAAAGUUUCCAUAUGAUUGGAAAAGUUCUCACAAAUCUGGGAAACUUCCUUUUUUUUUAUUUAUUAAAUUUUCCAGAUUUCAGAAACUUGAAACUUUAACAAAAAUCCCUUGCACAUGAGUAUAUUACCUACGAUUCGUCGGACUUAGCGCGCGAAUCGCUUCAGCUGCCAAUUGGUGCGGUAUGUUUGGUAUACCUUAUAAAUAAAUAAAUAAUAAUAAAUAUUAUAGGACAUUCUUACACAGAUUGACUAAGUCACACGAUAAGCCCAAGAAGGCUUGUGUUAUGGGUACUCAGACAACGAUAUAUAUAAUAUAUAAAUACUUAAAUAGAUAGAAAACACCCAUGACUCAGGAACAAAUAUCUGUGCUCAUCACACAAAUAAAUGCCCUUACCGGGAUUCGAACCCAGGACCAUCGGCUUCACAGGCAGGGUCACUACCCACUAGGCCAAACCGGUCGUCACCUUAUAUUUACCUAAGUCUAAAUGGAAAAGUGUCUCCAAUAUUAUAAUACGACAAUUGCCACCCAACCUUCACUUUGACGCAUGGUUUUAAGGUUUACGAGCGAGGUGGACAACAUUACCAUUAUUAUUUUCAAUGACUAAACAGUUCGCUCUACACAGUGACUAGCGCUUUAGCUUUGAAAAUAUUAGUUGCUGACCAAUUACUUGAUGACAAUGCAUGAGAAAAUCAGGUGUUAAUUGUCAUGUUGUUCAAGUAGGGUUUUGGCUAAAGCGAGGUUUAAACUAUCAAGAACUUGCUUGCAAUUUUCGUUACAUUGCGGUAUCUGAUCAAACUUUUGAAUACAGUUUACUCUAGUAGUCUGCAAUGUAACUUAAAUUGCAUGCAAGUUCUUGCUAGUCUAAACCUCGCUUUACACCGUAUCGCCUGUUUGUGACAUAAAGCAAUACGUUACAUUAGGAUAAAUGGUUUUAUAUCAAACAUCCUGCAUUGCUGCCAAUGUGGCGUUCGAAACAAGAUAAGUGUUUGUGGCGUUCACACCACACGAAUGCUACUUAGUGAAUGUAUUAAAAUGCAUAAAUUAUAUUAUUGUAAUAUACUUCUAGCGUUUUAUUAUUUAUUGCGCUUUUAUGUUACAUAUAUUUAUAUAGCAGUAAGGACCGAAAUGAAAUGCUGAUUAUAUUAUUAA